UUUAACUAACUUUUUAAAUCGGCGGAUUAAUUAAGUUUUCGUUACGGGCACGAUUUAAUAGGCUCGCGCAGGCAAGAAUUGCAGAAAUUUUAAUUCGUAACGGAGUUUCUCAUCUAUACCGUAUUAGCCGCCUGUCUCCUCAGUGGCAGAGCGUGAUAACUUGUACUCCGGCGCAUGCGGCCCACGGCCAUGCCCGUGCUCGUACCUGUCAUGGAUUCCAAAGAUCGACCGCGAGCGCAGGCACGCGUGAUCGCACGAUUUUAUGCGUGAAAAUCAACGGGUACACCGAGAGAUCCGUGGACGAGAGUAAUGCACGAUUAUGAGCCAGUGGUAAAGUGGUGAUUUCACGUCGAUCCAAGUGUCGCCUACACGUAAACAACCGUUCCAAGAUGAACCAUCUCGACACGGGUUACGACGAGUCUUCUGUCACUCGGGCCACCGAUAUCGAGGAGCAGGUGGCAGCAAUCGCGCUGGAGCUUUAAGAACCCGAGGGGCGGAGGCGCUGGAGAACGCAUUUCCCGUCGGAUACUUGGAUCAGCCGAAGAAGGAGGAUCGUUUUCAAGGGGGCCGACUCGUGCAACCUGUGCACGUUCUCCUUCUUCGUCAGUAACAGGCGGGGGAGCGCAAGCAGAAGAACGACCCGGGACGAAAGGGGGGCACGGACGGGCAACGGUGAGGAUGAGGCAAGUGGUAGUGCUGGAGCCGGCUGGCAGCGUUCUGGUGAUCAGACAGACUUCCCUCGGCGGCAAUGUCACUACCAGCAACACCAAUUCCAAUGCCGGGUCCAAUAACGGCCACGAGACCCACGGGCUCGCCAAUCACGCCGCCGUGUCCACGAUCGCCUCCAAUGAUCACAAUCAGAAUCGUAUCGUCGUCGUUCGUUCGUCCUCCUCGACCUGCAUGACCACCACGGCCGACAAUCACGUGUCAGCGAACGGGAACGGUAAGGUGAACGUGAACGCCAAUCUGAACGGGAACACUGGCGGCGGUAUCGUUAGCAAAACAUCGUCGAAGAUCGGGAUUGGCGGUGGUACCAAGUUGAACGAGAGGAACGAUCAUCUGAGGAACGAUCACAAGAGCCAGGACGGGAUCGGUACCGGCGAAUCGAACCCUGGAUGUCGUCCAAGGACGAGCAAGGAAGCUGUUCACGAGACCGUCUCCUUAGACAGGAAGCUCGACGGCGCGGAUCCCAUCUCCGAUGGGGAUCCGAUAAAACUUCCGGAAAAUUUGGAGACCUUGCCGCGAGCCGAACAUUUUCCAACCCAAAGGCACCGAUGGAACACCAACGAGGAAAUCGCCGCCAUCCUAAUCAGUUUCCAAAGACACGCGGAAUGGCAAAGUCGGGAGGUGAAGGUGCGACCACGAAGUGGUUCGAUGUUACUGUACUCGAGAAAGAAGGUCCGUUACCGGAGGGACGGUUAUUGUUGGAAGAAAAGGAAAGACGGCAAAACCACACGGGAGGAUCACAUGAAACUGAAGGUCCAGGGUGUCGAGUGCAUCUACGGCUGUUACGUGCACUCGGCGAUCCUGCCGACGUUUCAUCGUCGAUGCUACUGGCUACUGCAGAAUCCCGACGUCGUGCUCGUUCACUACUUAAACGUUCCUUACCCGGACGGUGAUGCGAAGCUAGCAGCGCUGCCACCCUGUCUCGCGCUGCCGCCAGACAAGAAAGAGUGGACGCGAGACGAGCUGGCCUCUCAACUCCGACCCAUGUUCCUCGGUGGAGAUGACGAUCCGAACAAUCCUCAUCUCACACAACACUCGAAUCAUCCCGUCGAUAUGAUAGUUUCGCAGCUGUUGGAUAGACAACGGGCAAACACCAAUUCCUCCACCACCAGCACACAGCUCGCGCCUAGGAGACUAACACCGGACAAUCAGGUUUCAUCGACUACCGGAGGUCAGCAAUCAUCAACGACAGCCUCACCGGCGCCCCGCGUAUACUCGAGACAUUACCAUACAACCCAGAGCCAACAGCCGGCUCCUCUAGUGUUAAGUUUGCAACAGAUUCAAGGCGGCGGCGGUCUGUUGAUCCUGAACAGCCAACCGUAUCACCACCAACAGCAGCAGCAACAGCAGCAACAACAACAGCAGCAGCAACAACAACAACAGCAGCAACAACAGCAGCAGCAGCAACAGCAGCAGCAACAAAGUCAACAAGUGGAGAUGCAACAGGUCACGGAGCAACAAAUCGUGCAGCAAGGUAGCGUCGACAGGGAACAACAGAUCAAACAAGAGAUCGACGCCCAGGAGAGUAUGGAUCGUACCACGGUCCAAACGUUGCCGAUCGGUGGCUCUGGUACCGAGGUCACCGAUUUCGCCGAGACCUUGGAUCUAAGUCAGGAGGACAUUCAGCGAACGUUAUCAGCGAACAUGGUGCCACCGUCUCCGUCCCCUUCGCCGGCAGACAACAGCAUGAUCAAUCCGAUGGACUUCAUCGACUCGUCGGACGACGUUCUCGUAAAUUUGGACGCGUUCGACGUGUUCGGUGAUCUACCAGAGCUGCACGAUUUCGAGGCUGAACAGACGAAGGUCGAGGAGAGGGGUGGCUCCGAUAACGACGUCGGAUGUCAUCCUGGAACAACCGUCCAUAUUGCGGAGUAUAGUCCGGAGUGGAGUUACACCGAGGGUGGUGUGAAGGUAUUGGUUGCUGGUCCCUGGACCGGUGGAAGUAAUUCUCAAUCGUAUUCGGUGUUAUUCGACGCCGAACCGGUUGAAGCCUACUUGGUACAACCGGGUGUGUUGCGUUGCCGUUGUCCUGCUCACGCUCCGGGGAUAGCGUCUCUCCAGGUUGCCUGUGACGGCUUCGUUGUUUCCGACAGCGUUGCUUUCGAAUACCGGAGAGCGCCUACAACCGAGCCCAGUCCGGAGAGGGCUCUUCUGGAUCGUUUGGCGGACGUGGAGUCGCGUUUACAAGGACCUGGUCCACCGUCUCCCGCAGCUAAUCUGGAAGAGCGACUAGUCGCAUAUUGUCAGGAUGCUAUUGUCCGUCCUUGGCGAGCUGGAGCGGAACCGUUACAAUCCGGUGGCCCUACUCUGUUGCAUUUGGCUGCUGGAUUAGGCUUCUCCAGGUUAGCCUGCGUGCUCCUUCAUUGGAGAGCGGAAAAUCCUAGUAGCGUAUUAGAUGCUGAAGUUGACGCCUUAAGGCAGGAUAACGCCGGUCUUACGCCGCUUGCUUGGGCUUGUGCGGCGGGACACGCGGAUACUGCCAGGAUACUUUAUAGAUGGAACGCGAUGGCGCUUCGCGUGCGGGAUUGCCAGAACCGAACAGCGACCGAGCUGGCGGCGGAGAACGGUCACACGGCUAUCACGGAAGAAUUGAAUCGGCUCGAAGCGAGAAGGCAAGACGAGAGGCUAUUCUUGCGACCCGCCAGCCCUAGUCCUAGGAGGCCAUCUCAAGACAGCGGUCUCGAUCUGGCGUUGUGUGGCUCGCCGCUGUUGGACAACAUGGAAUUGUUGCAAGAGGAUGACUCGUCAUUAGCCCUCAGCGAGCAGGGAAUGGAGAGCGCUCCGACCCCUCAGGAGACUGUAGGGGAAGAAGACGCGAGGGUGCUGACAUUGGCUGAGCAAAUUAUAGCAGCGCUGCCGGAAAGGAUCAAGAGAGCGGAAGGUGAUUCUCCGUCUUCUUCCUCGCCACCUCCACCGGCACCGCCCUUGUCGCCACUGGAGGACGCUCUGAUGGAACAAAUGCCGCUCGAUUCCGGCGAACUGUUCGACUCGUAUCGCGAGUGCAGCGGAGGAGCGGCAUCGGUUUCGGACGCUGACGCGGACGCUAGUCCUUCGAGUCCGUCUAGCAGCUGUCUGACACCAGAUUCUCCGUCCCCACCGCCCACGACAGCCGACUUCUGCGAGUUCUUGCAGUUACAAUUGCAGCUAGACGGUAGUAACGGCCGUAACGGCCAGUACUAUGGGGCUGGCGGAGACCGGAAGUUCGGCAGCGUAAUUGGCUCUGGUAUAUGCGGGACAGCCGGUGGUAAUGGGACCGGUGACGGAAGCGAGGCCGAUCUGAGCCGGCUCACGUUGUCCGAUUGCGAGCAAAGGGAGCUCUACCAUGCCGCCCGAAUGAUCCAGAAAGCCUACAGAAAUUACAAAGGCCGCCAGAGACAGGAGGAGGCCGAAAGACACGCCGCCGUGCUCAUCCAGCAAUAUUACCGUCGACACAAACAGUACGCUUAUUAUAGACAAGCUACGAAGGCUGCGCUGGUGAUACAAAGUAACUACCGGAAUUAUCGGUCGCGACCUGGCUCGGCGAGCUCGCGGCAGCAGGCGGUUCAUCAACAGGCCGCCCAUCAGGCGGCUAGGAAGAUCCAGCAAUUCAUGCGACAGUCAAAAAUCAAGCUGCAGAACGCCAGGGCCGCCGCAAACGGGAACGGGAGGCCGCCAGCGGGCAUUUUACGGGGGGUUGCUGUCCCCCAAAGCUCGCCCUCAUCUAGCCCAGGGGCCAGCCUAGUAGCCGUCAACCAAGAGGUCACUUAAUCGACCGUCGAUCGAACACCGCGCAGAAUCCCGAUAAUUCAUCGGAAGCGAAACAAUAGAGCCUAGCCCAGAAAAGAGAAAGCAAAAAAGAAUC